AUGAGUGAUAAUAAUUUUAACCUUUUCAUCCCUGACCAUCUACAAAAUAAUUCUUUGAUUUCUACCUAUUCUAAUAAUAAUAAUAGUGGUGAUAACGCAUCUAAUAUUAACACUUUUGGUGAGAAUUUUCAAGCUGCCAACUUAAACAAUAGCCCUCUUGAAUUUUUAUCAAUGCCACAAUCUCAGUUUUCACUUGAAACACAAACUCGAUCUUUACAUGGACAACAUUUACUUCUUGGAACACAACAAACUCUGACUCUACAACAGCCUCAACCUCCGAGUCUUCAAGCAAGCCAUCAUCAUCAAAAUGGACUCGUUAUUCCUCAAUCAUAUAAUCAAGCACAAUUUAAUACAAGACUUCUUUAUAAUUACAACAAUGCAUUAGGUGGAGAUCUUGAUUUUGUGAUUCUAAACUUAAAUGAUACCAUUAAAAAUCUUUCAAGAAUUUUGAAUGAUUAUGGUAUUUUGACUGGACAUCUCAAUAAUGAAAUUCAAAAUAUAAAUGCUCUUAAUAUAAAUGGACUUAUUAUUCCACCAAACAGUCAAGCAGAAUUUAAUCCGAACAAUCAUAAUAACACACUAGGUGGGAAUUUUGAUAACAUGGUUCUAAAUUUAAAUGUUAUCAAUAAAAAUCUUUCAGAAUUUUUGAAUGAUAAUCAUAUUUUAGCUGGAUGUCUUGAUUAUGCAGUUCAAAAUUUAUACAAGAUUAAUAAAAAUAUUUCAGAGAUUUUGAAUGGUCAUUGUGUUUUAAGUGGACAUCUUGAUAAUGGAAUUCGAAAUAUCUCAAGACUUCCUUAUAAUUAUUACAACAAUAACCGUAACAAUGGGCAUAUUGACAAUAUGGUUCUAAGUUUAAAUGUUAUUAAUAAAAGUCUUUCAGAGAUUUUGAAUAAUUGUG